ACUGUUUUGCAAAUCAGCUGUUGGCAUCGCGAAAUUUGUUUACCCGCUUGCAAUAACACAUAUUUCGCUAUAUUGCAAGCAUGGAUGAGUUCAAAGUGCCCGCUCCACUGCCCAAACCUAAAACAGUGGUCACAGAGAAGCCUCGCACAGAAGCGCCAGCUGAACCACCUCCCCCGCCAGCACCAAAAACACCAAAUCCGUCUCCUAACCCGGCCUGUCCGUACAAGGUGCCAAAAUGGUCAGCUCCACCGGCUCCAGAACAGAAUUACAGCUUCGAAGUCCUUAAGUCGGGUCAAAUCAUAGAUCAAGUAAAACAGCUACAACAACAAGCGGUCUGGACCUUCGGCCGUCUGCCGGAGAACGACGUGGCCGCCGCCCAUCCCACAAUCUCCCGCUUCCACGCUGUACUGCAGUAUAAGCCAAAGGCACCUGUUAAACCAGAUGAAACAGAAGAAGACGAAGAUGAUAACGCCCCUAAAAAUGAACAGCCAGAGGGCUGGUAUGUCUACGACCUAGGAAGCACUCAUGGCACUUUCCUGAAUAAGCAGCGGCUGCCGCCAAAAGUUUUCAUAAGAAUGCGGGUGGGUCACAUGCUGAAGUUGGGCGGCAGCACCCGUGUCUACAUCUUGCAGGGUCCCGGAGAGGACGAGGAACCCGAAUCUGAAUUAACGGUGACAGAGUUAAAAGAGAAGCGAGAGCAGGAGAUAGCUGCCGCAGCAGCGGAGAAGCAGAGGAAGAUUUUGGAAGCGGAAGAGCGUGAGCGCAACGAGGGCGUUAGCUGGGGCAUGGGUGACGAUGCCGACGAGGAAACUGACCUCACACAUAAUCCAUACGCUUCCACCAACAACGAGGAUCUCUUUUUCGACGACCCCAAGAAGACUCUGAGAGGAUUCUUUGAACGUGAGGGUCUCAACCUGGAGUAUAAAUGUGACGAGCUGUCGACAGGCUCCUUUGUUUGUCGUGUGGAGCUGCCGCUAGAUGAUUCUAAUGGCCGGCCAAUAAUAGUGGAGGUGAAUCACAAAGGCCGCAAAAAGGACUGUGUUGUACAGUGCGCCCUGGAGGCCUGUCGCACUCUGGAUAGGCAUGGAGUUCUCCGUCAGGCGAAUCAGGAGUCCCAGAAGAGGAAAAUUCAAAAGUCGGGUGACUCGGACGACGACGAUGAGUUCUGGGAUCGUACGGGCGAUGUGGCGCGCAAAAAACAACGAAAGGAAAAUGCUGGUGUCAAUGUCACCUUGACCUACGAGGAUUUGCUUAAGCAAGAGCAGGAUCUCAAUGAGGAAAUGAAAAAGGUUGACAACGAAAUAAACAUUUACCAACAAAAGGAAAAGAAACUCAAGGAGCAAGCCCUCAAACAGCAAUCCGCUGGUGACGACCUGGACAACUUUAUGGACACGCUUGCAGAAGAUGUGCAACAGGUGGACAAAACCGAGAUCAAAAAGCUUAGGUUGGAGCAGCAACGACUUAAGGGCGAGCAACAGAAGGUGCAACGCUUGCUCAAAAUAGCGAAACCGACGGCUCUACCUUUUGUCACCUCUAACGAAACACUUAUAGGAGAAUCCUCAAGCACGGGAGUGAAGAAACAGCUGCCCAUGAUUGGCAAGAGGAAUCAGUUCAGUAAAUUUAAGGUGGUAAGAGCUGCGGCUAGUACCCAGCCUAAGCCACAAUCAAAUGCAUUUGCCUCGGACGAAGAGGAAGUCGAGGAGGAGGACGAAGAGAAGCGCAAUGAAGCGGAGGAGCCAAGAAAACCAGAGGAAAUUGUGGUGGCACAGACGACAGAAGAAAAACUGGAGGAGCUUUCAACAACGGAGAGUAAGAACUUGGAGGAACAAGAACCCAAUGCUAAAUCGGAAGUGAGCCAACCAACAAUCCCCAAAACGGAAGUCUUAAAACCAGAAAAAGUUACACCGGAUGUGACAACAGUUUCCAGUGACACGAUUGCUUCUGUAACUGCGCCUGUAGAAUCAAUUAAGGAGAGCAACACGUCAGUUGAGGAGGACGUUUCGGAACAGGGUGCUGAAGAUGCGGCGCAAAAGAAGCGUCGACAGCGCCAGCGGCAACGAAAUAAACAGCGCCAGGAUGUGGACAUGGACUUAGACGAGCUAGCCGAGCAUGAUGAUAGCGACAAGUAUGCCAAGUGGGUGCCGCCAACCAACCAAAGUGGCGAUGGCAUUACACACCUGAACGAGAAGUUCGGCUACUAA